GUCUUCAUCACACUGAGUUUUGCUCAGAAAGCUGCCAGAGGACUGUGGCUACUCACUUUUAUCUUAGAUUAUGGAUAAUAUGACUGCAGUUGAACUCUGUUUUCCACAACUUAUCAACACAUCUUGCAGAAAUCUGCUUCAGCAUCCAACUGAGAACACAUUUCUCUAUUUCCUGCUGUCCGUCAUCUCUUUUCUAACUGUAGCUCUCAAUCUCCUGGUCAUCAUCUCCAUCUCCCAUUUCAGGCAGCUUCAUACCCCAGCCAACCUCUUCCUCCUGUCUCUGGCUGUGUCAGACUUCCUCGUUGGACUCCUGCUGAUGCCAAAACAAGUUUUCCUAAAAGGGGGCUGUUGGGGUUUAGGGAGCUUUAUGUGUGGAGUGUUAAUUUAUGUUGCUUAUAUUAUCACCUCUGCCUCAGUAGGAAACAUGGUGCUCAUAUCAGCUGAUCGAUAUGUGGCCAUCUGUGACCCCCUGCAGUAUCAAACUAAAGUCACCACCAGGAGAGUUAAAAUCUCUGUGUGUGUGUGUUGGCUUUGCGCUGUGUUCUAUAAUGGACUGAUACUGAAGGACCACUUGAACAAUCCAGACAGAUAUAACUCAUGUGUUGGAGAGUGCACAGCUGUGAUUGAUUUUCAAACAGGUGUUUUUGAUGUCAUUUUGACCUUCAUUGGCCCCAUCACAGUCAUCAUAGUUCUGUACAUGAGAGUAUUUGUGGUGGCGGUGUCUCAGGCUCGAGCCAUGAGGUCUCAUGUUGCAUCUGUCACUCUGCACGGUUCAGUUCCUGUAACUGCUAAGAAGUCAGAGAGAAAAGCAGCUACAGCUCUCGGUGUUGUUGUGCUGGUGUUUCUAAUUUGUUUCUGUCCUUAUUAUUAUCCCUCCCUGGCAGGAGAAGAUAUGUCAUUCAGUACUCAGUUUUCAGUUUUUGGAAUUUGGCUGUUUUACGUUAACUCUUGUCUGAACCCAAUGAUCUAUGCAUUUUUUUAUCCUUGGUUCAGGAAAUCUCUUAAACACAUUGUUUCACUUCAGAUUUUGCAGCCCUUCUCUUGUGAUGUCAAUGUAUUGUAGAAACAGGUUUGAAUUGAAGAAUAAAUGAGACAACUGACAAAAUAAUACAAUCUCUGCAUUUAUUUUUAUUUCCAAAGUUUCAUUUCACAACACGAAUGAAAUAGAUAACAGAUGAAUCAUUACGUUGGGUGUCUAUUGCUCACAUCAGAACAGGGUUGUCUAAUUGCUUUACAGGGUAGGACAUUCAGUCUUUCUCCUUUAGGGUCUCUACUUGCAUGCUUUCUGUGUACCUGCUCCAAGACACAUGAUUUGAACCAAUUGGUGAUUAACAGGCUUCUGAAAAACUUGAGAACGUGUUGGAGGGGUGAUUCAGUCACUGAAUCAGGUGUGUUGGAGAAGGGAAACUCCUAUAACAUGCAGGGCUGUGGCACAAUUUGAUAGUAUUGGGGUAAAAGGUGAAUAACUUACCAAUAAAAGUGAUUUGAACUUUAAUGAAACUGAAAAUGAGCAGAAAAACGUAGAGAAAAAAGAAAUGAAUAGUUCAGCAAAUAUUGACAUCUCAAAAACUAGACAUCAGAUUUGUAAUAUUUUUACAUUUUGAGAGAGAGACGAGAGGUAGCUGAAGAGCUUGAUGUAUAAUAUGCGUAUGGUAUGUAAAAGGUUGGUCAGAAUGAAAACCAAUACCAAUAUUUUCCAAAUUUACAUUUCAAUGCUGAUAUUGGCCAAUAUUAUUGGUACACCAAUUGCAUUGUUUGUAAAAGUUGUGUCAUUAAAACAAUUUCUAAUAUUUUAGUUUUAUGCAAAAAAUGGUUGGACUGAUAAAAGUGCACAUCUCUACUGUGGAUAUAUUGUUGCCUAUCACCAUCCAUCACUGUAUGAUAGUAUGGGUGAGUCGCUGACUAUAGUGUAAACACUGCCUUGGAAAAUAUUAAUAGCCAUUUUAUAUUAAAUGUGUAAAUCAUAAUACAUUUACACAUUUUGAGGUGUGAUUGUUGGUAGGUCAGAGGUGCAAGGCAGCCUCAGACUUCCCUAGGGCAACCGUGGUUACAAAGUAUUUUCUCCCCACCAGAGUGUAUGAAUAAUGGAUUAAUGGCGUAGCACUUAGGAUGCUUUCAAAGACCCAUAGAAAUCAAAUCUAUUGUCAUUUCCUUAUUUUUAUAGAUGAAGUAGACAAGCUUUAAACAUUGUGUUGGACACUGUCUUCUCUGAUCUUCUCAAAGAAAAAAGGACAGUCUGUCAGAGUCAAUGAUUUUGGAGAAAAUAAGUGCAAGAGGACAAAUUCAUGACAACUCAGAUCAGAUUAUUUAAAACUGAACACUAUCUUGUUUCACAGAGCCUUUACAUUGACACAUCAUUACUUUUCAUUUAAAUUGAAGUACAACAUGUGUGAUUCAGGAUGCAAGGCAAGGCUCAUUAGAAAAUAACUGUUUAAACCCCAUUCACUUGCAUUAAUU